AUGGGCGCGGACAAGCCUAACGGUGUGGUGAGCUACAGCCGUCGGCCUCCUAAGCGACCCUUACUCCAGAAAAUUCGGUAUGCGAUAUGGAAUCCGGAGGAGAGGACUUUCCUCGGACGGACGGGAAGGCGAUGGGGUGUAAUUGGCUUGAUAUAUUUAGUCAUGUACAUCUGCAUCAUCAUUUUCUUCUCCAUCUGCAUGUGCGGACUGCUCGCCACCAUGGACGAGAGGAUUCCCUACUUCACUCUCGCUGAUUCUAUCAUUGGAGACAAUCCAGGCAUGGGCCACAGACCACUUAUCUUCGAGGAGGGCGCAUUGAUCUGGUACCACGCGGACAACGACACACAGGUCCAGAAGUACGUUGCUAACAUCGACCAGUUUCUGGCACCAUACAACAACAAAUCCCUGUUGGUGAAAAAGGGCGCCAACCAGCGGAAUUGCGGUGAUGUUAAGCCGCCACGGGCCGAGGUGUGCGCCUUCAACACCACCCAGCUCGGACCCUGUUCGAAAGCGAACAACUACGGCUACCCAGCGAGGACACCCUGCCUCAUCAUCAAACUAAAUAAGAUAUUUGACUGGAAUCCAAAUUUCUACGACGAUCCCGACGAGCUGCCUCACGAGAUGCCGCUUGAAAUAAAAAACUAUAUCAACACCACGACCAAGCCACAGGAACGUCGCAAAGUUUGGGUGUCGUGUAAAGGCGAGCGGCCGGCGGAUGUAGAGGCGCUUGGUCCGUUGAAGUACUGGCCAUACCCCGGCUUGCCUGAAACCUACUUUCCUUAUGACAACACACCUGGGUACCUCAGCCCACUGGUGGCAGUGCAGCUUCUUAAACCCACGCUUCACCAGAUCAUCAACAUCCGUUGUCGAGCAUGGGCGAGAAACAUCCAGUUUACGGAGAGCCUCAAGGAGCGCCUCGGCUCCACGCAUCUGGAGAUCAUGAUUGACUGA